AUGCAACACCCGUCGCAAGCCACGACCCUCACGCCCAACGUGUCGCGCCUCAAGGCCGGCGAGAUGAACCUCGGAACCUCCAUCAUGGCUGUUGCGUUCGAAGGCGGCGUCGUUGUCGGCGCCGAUUCGCGCACGACCAUGGGGUCGUUCAUCGCAAACAGGGCGGUUGCGGAUGUGGUUACGGCGCAGCUGAGUCAGUACGAGAUGACGCACGGGGAGAAGCCAACGGUUCACAUUGCGGCUACGAUGCUCGAGAGCAUCAUCUACCAGAACAAGGAUCGCCUCUCCGCCGGAAUCAUCGUCGCAGGAUGGGAUCGCAUCGGCGGCGGCCAGACCUACAACAUCCCGCUCGGAGGGGGUCUCUUUGCCGCACCCUGGUCUAUUGGAGGUAGCGGGUCGACGUACGUGUACGGGCACGUAGACGCGACUUAUCAAGAAGGAUGGGACAAGGACCGCACCAUGGACUUUGUCAAGCAGACUCUUUCACUCGCCAUGUCGCGCGACGGAUCUUCAGGAGGAACGAUCAGGAUGGCGGUCAUCACGAAGGAGGGUGUCGAGCGCAUCUUCGUCCCGGGCGACAAGCUGCCGAACUACAACGACAGGGUGGAGUAG